AUCAUCACCAUCAUCAUCACGACCACGACCGACCAACCUCAGCCCAGCGUCUACCACUCGAGCUGAGCCACUCUUCCUUCAUUUCUCUUUUAACUUUCCCCAGGUCCUCUCUCUUACUUCUAGCACCUGGCAAACGGCAUCUGCUGUGCCUUCUAGACGAGAAAUCCUCUCUCUCGGGUAGCUUAGCAUCUGCUGCCCUUGUUUUCUACAUACACACACUCACACUCUCACUCACACCCACCCACACCUCUCUCAACGAUGGCGCAAAUAAAUCCCAAUGCCCUGCGGAACAUCUACCGCUUUGCCAUCCCCGCCGCCCUCGGCGCAAGCUUUGUCAGCAACUCGAUAUACGACGUGCGCGGUGGCUCGCGCGCCGUCAUCUUUGACCGUCUCUCGGGAGUCAAGGAGGGUGUGAUCAACGAGGGCACACACUUCCUCAUCCCUUGGCUGCAGAAGAGCAUUGUCUUCGACGUGCGUACCAAGCCUAGGAACAUCGCCACCACUACUGGCUCCAAGGACCUGCAGAUGGUCAGCCUGACCUUGAGGGUACUGCAUAGGCCUGAGGUGCAGGCACUGCCCAAAAUUUACCAGAACCUCGGCCAGGACUACGACGAGCGCGUGCUCCCUUCCAUCGGCAACGAGGUCCUCAAAUCCAUCGUCGCCCAGUUCGACGCGGCCGAGCUCAUCACCCAGCGUGAGGCCGUCUCCCAGCGCAUCCGUACCGACCUGAUGAAGCGCGCCGCCGAGUUCAACAUCGCCCUCGAGGACGUUUCCAUCACCCACAUGACCUUUGGCAAGGAGUUCACCAAGGCCGUCGAGCAGAAGCAGAUCGCCCAGCAGGACGCCGAGCGCGCCCGCUUCAUUGUCGAGAAGGCGGAGCAGGAGCGCCAGGCUAACGUCAUCCGUGCAGAAGGCGAGGCCGAGAGCGCCGACGCUAUUGCCAAGGCCAUCGCCAAGAGCGGCGACGGUCUGAUCCAGAUUCGCAAGAUCGAGGCCAGCAGGGACAUUGCGAACACCCUGGCGAGCAAUCCGAACGUUGCCUAUAUUCCGGGCGGGCAGCAGGGGACAAACAUCCUGUUGAAUGCAGGCCGGGCAUGAGGCGGAGGACGACAAUAGGCGUGUUGCAGAAUGCAAAGACGUGUCAGCUGAAAGCAUCUUGGGGCUAUUAGCAAGAAGUUUGGGGGGGAGGGGGGGGGGAGGAGGAAGAAGAAAACUAAAAACAAGGGGCGAGUAAAGAAGCCAUCACAGAGGAGGAAGAGGAUGGAGGGGAGGAACCGCAUUGGGGAGGAGGCGGAUGAGGAAGUCCUCUUUUUUGGGGGGUUGCCAAAAUCAGCCCAUGUAAACCAUAUAUCAUGACGAGGCCUGGAGGGCAGAGCACUCGUCUACUCCACUAUUAUGAUGAAUUAAUGCCAGAGGAAGCACACC